AUGGCAAAUGACAAAAGACCAGUAAGUGCUCAUGUACCUUCCAAUCCAACUUUUGGGGCAUCACAAAGAAAUAAUGAAUUCUUAACUUCAUCAACGUCUUCAUGUCGUAACAGUGUACAAACUACAGUAGUGAAGCAGUAUGUGAAUAAACUCAUCACAUCUUCUUCCCACUUACAUAAUUUGCCAAGAAAAUUUAUUUCCCCCUAUGCAAAAACGGCAAUUAAAAAUACUGACAGAAAGCAAAUCUCUAGACAGCCUCUGUUUGGCCCUAAUAUUCAUCUGCAAUCGACAGUGGUAUCAAGAAGGUCAGGACUUCAAGAUCGUUCCACACAUCAAACAAAAUCAGUUCAGAACAGUGAUAGAAUAUCAGACCUAGGCAGCUACAAAUCAAACAGUACAAACAAUUUCUGCCUUAUAUCACCAUCCAAAAGAAACAGACCUGUCAGUGCUCCAGCAGGUCAGCUAAGAUGUACACAGUUCUCUUCCUCAAGACUCCAGCUGGCCCAGAAAGAAUCUGAAGUGCCCCAAGUUAUUAAAUGUCAGCCAAGGGUAAUCAAAGUAACGGCUUACAAGAAUGGCACAAGAAGUAUCUUUGCUAAAAUUGCUGUACCAUCCAUUAAACUGCUGCUGGAGGAGUGCACUGAAAAACUGAAUCUGAACAUGGCUGCACGACGAGUGUUCUUGGCAGACGGCACAGAAGCACUAGAACCUAAAGACAUACCCCAUGAUGCCGACAUUUAUAUUUCAACUGGAGAGCCCUUUUUAGAUCCAUUCAAAAAAAUUAAAGACCAUCUGUCAUUAAUGAAGAAAGUAACUUGGACGAUGAAUGGUCUGGUUCUUUCUACUGGUGCCAAGAGAAGGAAAACCAAGCCUGUCCUUUCCAACCACAUGAAGAAGCUUAUUGAGAAGUCCUCACUCAGGAUUUUGGUGUUUAAGAAUUGCUCAGGGCAGGAUGGCUAUGAGAUUAUUGCAGCACAGGACCAAAUUGAAAAGUUUUUAGAUGCUUGCACAAUAAGAAUGAAUCUUACUUCACCAGCAAAGCAUCUGUACAACAUUCAUGGAGCAAAAAUUGAAGAUCUCAUCAGUGUUCCUCUGCUUGACAAAUGCCUGCAAAAUUCCAUCACACCUUUGCGUGGACCUGUUUGGGUCUCUAAGGGAGAAGGUUUCAGCCCCUCAGGAGCAAAGAUGUAUAUCCAUGGAGUUCUUUUGGCCUUACACCAACGAUUAAAGUCUGCAAAAAACUAUUGCAAACAGAUGGAUUUUGCCAUUGAUGGUCAGAGAGGGGAAAUCACAGAAAAAGGCAUUCUUUCAAUGACAACAGAGGAAUUAUAUUUAGAGCAAGAAAAGGUGAACAAGCUCAUUGAGGAAUUGCAAGUGGCCAUCAAGAGCUACAAAGGUCACCUCUCAAAACUUGCCCCACAAUUACAGGCUGAGCAGGAGCAGUGUGCCUCUUAUGUCUACCAACACAUUAAAAGGCUUCCAGCAAACAUGGUUCUCCCGCAAGGCUUGCAGCUAAAGGUGUAUGAAAAUGGCAAAGACACAGGGGAGAUCCUAGUUUAUGUCACCAAAAAAGAGAUGGAGAAUAACUGUAGGAAUCAACCCAGUGUUAUGAUGGAGAGGUUGCUGCAUAUGAUUCACGAAAAACUACAAUAUUCAGCAGACUUCAAACCAACAGGCCUCAAUCUUAUUCCUACCCGGCUUUUUGAUGAGAAAGGACAAGAAAUUAAAAACCCACUUUUACUGAAGAAUGAGCAAAAAAUUUGGGUUUCUUAUGGUAAAGAUUACAGGUCUCCCUUAAACCGUGUUCUAAGUUUGACCUUUGACAAAGUGACUGCAGCUGAAAAGGAUGGUAUCACAGUUAUUUAUAAAACUCUUCUGGAUCCUAAUGUUGAUCUGCUGCCUGGAUGUGACAAUUGGGAAGCUUGUACAGAAUUUCCAGACAACUUCCAGUGCACAAACCACCAGACACUUCAAAACUUGGAAAAGGUGGACAUGGAUAGCCAUUUUAUACAGUACAAGGCCGAUCCACAGAUAGUUUUUCAUGUCUCUGUUGCCAUGGAUAAAAUGAGGAAGGCACUUCCCAGAAGAAUGGACUAUCGGGAUCUAAAAGUCCCAUCAACACUGUGGCCUCUGGCUAACAUGUGGCUAAUCACAAAGGCUGGAAUGAUUCUGAGUCGAGCUUUGGUACAGAGCUGUCUAGCUAUUGGUCAUCCAAUUAGAGUUGAGACAGAUGAUGGCACAUCUCUGGAAGGAUAUAAGUUAACAGUACAGAAAAGAGACAAAAGCAGCAUCUAUCAACACUGGGGUUUUGGAAAUGAUGGUUCUAUCUAUUGUAAGGCUUACCCUGAGUUUGUCCUGACCUACCUAGAGGAGCUAAAUGUAAGAGAGGAGGUGACCCAGAUGGAACACCACAUCCACCAUGGGGCCUGGUCUACAGCUCAUCAGGAGAUAGAGAGCAGCUCAGCAGAAGAGGUUCUGCAAAAAAAUGUCAACAACUCCAAUCAGAAACAACUUUCAGGACCUUUGGACGCCCAUUUAAUGCCUGCAGGUCCCCUAAGGGAGUCUAUGCAGCUGACAGUCGCACUGGUGAGGAAACUAGAAGAGAAACAUCCUAAGGCCUCAGCUCAAAGAUGGGCUAUAAAGCAUGAAGGGACAACUAAACCAGACCAGUGGAAACAUUCCAAAGUGGAGAAUCCGCUAUGGAAUAAGCUGACAUACAUGUGGCCUGUCCUUCCAAAUGGAGAACUUAAUGAGGAUUUUGACUGGCCAAUUGAGGGAUUGCUGGUUCCAAACAGUCCUUCACUUAAGAAACCAGCUGGCAAGAAGUCAGAUUGGUAUAUACCUGUGAGACUGAGGGCUUUGCACAAUGGAGACAGGGACAAAAGCAAGGCUAUCACCAUCAUUGGAACUGAUGUUACAAAUAUGCUAAACAGACAAUGUACUACAAUGUUGAAUUUACCUACUGCUGCUCGAAGAUUAUUCACUGAAAAAGGCGUGGAACUCUUUCUUUUGAAAGACCUUGAGAGAGAUCAGCUGGUCUAUGUGUCAUGUGGAGAACCGUGGAUUGAUCCACACUUGACUAUGGCUCAGCACAAAAAACGUCUCCUACUCAAUAAUUUAGCGUCAGAUAUAUCUGCAAUUCAUGCCUACUGUAUCAUGCGUAACCCUGAAAUUCUAGUUUUAGGAGUAAGGAGCAAUAUUGCUGCUGGAGCCAAACUUUUUGUGGAUAGAUGUCUUGUGGCAUUUGAAGAAGACAAACUAACUGAGGAGCUGCAGGAAAAUCAAACAGAAGAAAUGUUUCUGAAUAUAAAAGAUGAUUCAGAUCUUAAUUCACAUGCAAAAUCACAUCUUAAAACAGAUGCUUGGCAUAUGAAAUCCAAAUAUUCCUGGCAGGAAAGUUUCUGUGAUUUUCAUGAUGAUGACAGUUUUCUGAAGGAUGAGGAUAAAGAAUUCUGUGAAAAUGCAGAGUUAUUUCAGAAGUACAGACCUCAACCAAAGCUGAAUGCAGAAUUGCAGAAGGCUCACCAUCAGCAGUUUGAGUAUAGAGACAAACAGAUUAUAAACUGUGCAUUCCCAGGGCUUGUUUUGGGGGUACAGGAUGCUAAUCUGCAUGCUGGGACUGAAGUUGUUUUGGUGGAAAAGAAACCUGAUGAUACCAAUCAGCGCUGGAUAUGGAGAGAUCAUGACAGGACAUUUCAUUUGAUGAGUGAUCCAAAUCUAGUGCUAGCAGUGUCAAUGCCCAGCACACAGCCUAGAUAUUCAAAAUGUGCACUGGACAUGAAAGGGUGUGCUGUUGUUCUGCAGAAAUAUAAAGAAUACAGCAAUGGGGCUGCCAAUCAAAAGUGGCAUUACAUGGAAAAUGCAGGAGUAUUUAGUGCCUUUUACAGCACAGUACUGGAUCAAGAAAUCACAGCAGCAAAUCAUGCUUCUGUUUGCACAUUCUCUGUGACCAGUAGAGAAAAAAUAAACCAGCCAGGCUACUAUUUUCUUUCACCCAGUGGAAAGCAGAAGUUCAUGAUAUGCUUGGCUUGUGCAAGGGCCAUAAGAGGAAAGAAAGAACUAAAAAAAUUACCCACAGGUAGCAUGUUCUUCUGUGCCUCUGGCUCUGAGGAAGCAAAUAAUUUCUCCUUGGGGCCUUUUAAGUGUGUUAAUGUGAUGAAGACUGAUUUAUCCACAUUGGAAGCCAAAAAUACCUUGAAUUAUUUAGAAGAAGUUCUAGCAUCUUUGCGGACCGAAACCUCCAUACAAACAAUCUCAGAAAAGAUCUCUGCAGCUAUGAACCAGAAAGCAGUGAAAAUAAUUGCAUACAGAAAUGGAGCUGGCUACCGAAAUGGUCAGUUAAUCAUUGCUAGCACAUUCCCUAUGCUGCUUACCAUGUGUACAAGACAACUUGAACUUACCAGGAAAGCCUGCAGACUAUAUACCAAUGACGGAAUCCUAAUGCUUACCCUACCAGAUUUAGUCACAUGGGCUGUAAGUGAGUGUUUCAGACAAAGUGACUCAGAAGAAGACUACAAAGAGAGAACUGCAAUCACUGACAAUGCUGAAGGUAGGGCUGCACUGGAUGUGGAAGUAGAACCUCAGAUGAAGAUAAAGUCAGAAUUAUCCUUGAUGACUCCAGACAGUUUGAACAUGAUAGAUGAUUCUUUGCUCACCAUCAUCCUCAGAAAUCCUAUCGAGGUCUGGGUUUCCUGUGGAGAACCUUUUCUACCUUUGGAUGCUUUGCAAAAGGCAGCAAGGCAAGAGAAACAAAACUGGUUAGAGAAGGACAAAAUUUUGGCUGAUCUAGAUGCUAUGAAGCACAAAAUGAGACAGCUGCAAGGGCGACGAAUAACAGCCUUUAAACCAUCCACUUUGGUGCCCACAAAAAGCCCAGUUCAGCCUAUAGUAGUAGAAGGAGGCUGGACUGAAGAAACCCAAGAAGAGAUGAAACUCAUGGAAAAUAUACAACAUACCGAGACACACUUCUCAGAGGUUCAAGCAUCACAGUUCAAAAGAAGUUCUCUAUUUUCAUCUAAACUGCUGUCAUCCAAACACAGAUGUCUGUAUGAUCAACCAUCUGCAAAAAGAGUGUGGGCUUACCGGAAUGGUUAUAAACCCGAGCAAGGAGUUUAUGCCUGGGGAAAAACAAUUUCAGAGCUGCUGGAUAACUGCACCACCAGGCUAAAUAUGCAACAGCCUGCCAAGGCUCUGUAUACACCGGAUGGUGAGCCACUCCAGUCAUGGGAUGAAAUAGAGAGAGACAUGCUUCUGUGUGUUUCUGCUGGAAAUCCUUUUCUGAGCAGAAAAGCCAUCAAGCAGCAAGUGGAAGUUAGAGCUAUUUAUGCCAGAAUCCGAAAGCAGCAAGGUCCAGAUGCCACUAAUAUUGUUGUCGCUCCUUCAGAGAAACUUAAAGGACAGGUUGUAUUUUUCUACUAA